UUUGAAGCGAGAAGCAGGUCGACUUCACCGUCGGCGUCUGCAUCGAGCCGUCCUCCUUCACCACCUCAGGCAAAUCCUCAAACUCCCCAAACGAAACAUAGAAGUAGUGGGUGGAACCCAGAAUGGGGUGUUGAGGCGAAAUAUGCAGGUUGGCUGUACAACACAGAACACGGUGUGUAGCCUAACUGGCACUGAUCUUGUUCAUGUGUGAGCUUGAAUUUUAUUCGGGGGGACAUUUUGACAUAGCCUGCAUUGUAUUACCCCUAUUCUGUCCUGCAGGAAUGUUUUGCAGAAUAUGUAGGGCCAAUCGCCACCGUGCUUCACGUGGUACUGCAGAGCGCGCAUUCAUUGAGGUGCCUUGCACCAACUACAGGAGAGACGUGCUCGACCGACAUAUGAGCUCCGCAAAUCACGCUGCAAGCGUUGCCAUGACUGCCCAGCCUGGUCGAAGUAUGGUUUUUAUUUUAAUGAUUUCAUGUGACUGAUUUGAUAGCUGCACAAAAUAAAUACAAUAAAAUAAUAACUUCUCCCUUUCUAUAAUUAUUAUUUUAGACCUGUCCAUCAGUGAAGCUUUUCAGCCCAUAAUAAACUUAGAACAUGGGGCCAUUAUUAAUGGCUUUAAAUGUCUUUAUUGGCUGAUCAAGAGAGAAAUGGCACACCAUACAAAUUAUGCUGCACUACAGGAGCUGGCAGAAUUACUUGGCUGUGAAUAUUUUGCCAAGCUAAAGGUAGGACUUAAAAAUAAAUUGUAGGCCUACUGUUUCUGUGUGUUGGCUUGCAGUGUUAAACACAAAAAGUGUUGUAGACUAGGCUAUUGGUCAAAUUCUAAUAGGCCUAUAUUUUUCUAGAUUAAUCAAAGGACAAAUUACACAUCCCACAGAAUUGUGGAUGAGAUGCUCCAAAUACUGGCUGCCGUAGUGGAGGAGCCAGUUUUGGAUGCCAUUAGGUCCUCAAAGGCCAUUGGCAUUGAAAUUGACGAAUCAACAGAUGUGUCUGUUCAAAAACAGCUUGACAUACACAUCAGGUACACAGACAAAGAAGAACAGCUGUUCUGUCAAUUUCUAGAUCUUGUACCCAUUCCAGAUGGCACAGCCUCAACAAUUGCAGAGGCUGUAAAAGGGGUAAUGAUAAAAAAAAAAAAGUACCUCAGGACCGCAUCUAUGGCCUUGGCACAGAUGGGGCAGCAGUGAUGACAGGAAAACGCAAUGGGACUGCAAAGUUACUGUCAGACAUCUGGCCAGGACUGGUAUCAGUGCACUGUGCAGCUCACCGUCUGGCACUAGUGUGCAAAGAUGCAGCAGAAGAGGUCCCUUACAUGACCAUAUUCCGGAAGCACCUGCAGGACUUGCACCUGUAUUUUCGGAAUAGUGCAAACCACACCAGCGCUCUUAAGAGAGCUGCAGCUGUCCUCAAUGUAGCGGACUUGAAAGUCACAGAGGUUAAGGACACUAGGUGGUUGUCCCAGGAGAAGGCCAUUGCAAACCUUCAAAGAAAUUUGCCUGCUGUUCUUGCCACUUUGGCAGAGGAGGCAGACAUCCGAAAGGACCCAGUGGCUCGGGGGUUAUACACUUACUGUGCAACCUACCGAUUUGUUGCAGCAGUUCUUAUGCAAGCUGAUAUCCUGCCUCACCUGACCCAGUUGUCAAAGUUGUUUCAAAAGGAGAAUGUAAACUUUCUGGCUAUUAGUCAGCAUGUUCCUGUCACCAUUGAGACUCUGCGACAAAUAAAAGUAGCAGGAGAGCAGCAGGCACCUGGGUCCUUUCUUGCUCAGGUGACGGAGAGAGUGAACCUCCUCAACAUAGAUGCAGAAGAAGAGAGGAUGGCGAGACGAAAGGAACCUACCUCCACCACCUUCUGGGGCCGUUUCCAGACUCAGGUCAUGGAGCCUUACAUAGAUGGUCUCAUCAAACAUUUGGAGCUGAGGUUCCAGCAACUUGGCACACUUGGUGCAUUCAGCAUUUUUGGGGGAAGGCUGCAAGACACCACUGCCUUCGAAUAUCUGAAGAUGCUUGCCCAGCGGUUCAGGACCAUCAAUGAACGUGAAGUUCUGCAGGAGUGGCAGUCGUUCAACAUCCUUGUGACUUCAGGCAUUAUGAAGGACAAGUCCCAAUUGGAAGUCCUGCAAUUAAUGGCGUCAGGAUACGAAGAGCUGCACCUGCUGUACCCAAACCUCUCCCUCCUGGCUGCCAUUGCCCUCACCAUACCAGUGUCAAGUGUCAACUGUGAGAGAGACUUCUCAGCAAUGAAUAGGAUCAAGACAGACUUGCGGAACAGGCUGCAGGGCCAUUAGUAUAAAUGGACCACCAGUGGGACAGCUGAACUAUGGCAGGGCUCUUGAGUUGUUUUUUGAAACGCCAAGAAGGAUUGCGUGUAGUGACACCAUGUGCAAAAUGUGCCACAAGUAAAUCAAUCAUGUAAAUAGAAUAAAAUGUAAGUAGUCUUACAUACAGAAUGCAAAUAAAUGCAAAUAAAA